CGACUCUCUUUUCCACGGAGGCCCAACUGGAAGCGAGCAUUGUCAGACGCAAAGGCAAAGCAAAGCACAGAGCAAUUCCAAUUCCAAUUCCAAUUCCAAAUUCCAAUUCCCAGUUCCCAGUUCCCACCCACCCUCGAAACCCUAACCCUUCUCUGUCACCUCCAUAUCCGACACCACUCCUGCUUCUCCAAACCCCAAUCUCUCUCUCUCUCUCUCUCUCCGAUUCUCCGCGAAAAUCCCACAUAGAAGCAAGUAUAUACUCUAUACUUAUUGUAGCUGCACCGAUUUCUAGCAGGAAAAUCAACCGUCUCCGGCAUGGCCGCCAACCCACCGGAGGGUUACGCCGACGACUUCCUCGACCAAAUCCUCUCCAUGCCGUCGUACGCGGGCCUGGCCUCUACGGAUUCCAGCUCGGGCCAGACCACGGCGUCUCAGCUGACUACCGCCGCCGGCGCCGGUGGAGGAGGGUUCCAGCAGCCGUUUGUGCCGUUGGGUCUGAGCCUGGACAACGGCCGGGAGGACGUUCAUGGCGGGGCUGCUGGUGUGAAGAGUGAAAGGGAGUCUGUGAAUAUGGCGAGUUUGUUCCCGGCGUUCGAGCAUUUGCAGCCUCAUUCUGUGCGCCAAACUGUGCCUCAGGCUUUUCAUGGACAGUUGACUCCCAGCACAACAGUCACUGUGCCACAGCCACCUCCCAUCCGUCCAAGGGUGCGGGCCCGUCGGGGACAAGCCACUGAUCCCCACAGUAUUGCUGAGCGGUUGCGUAGGGAAAGAAUAGCAGAAAGGAUGAGAGCUUUGCAGGAUCUUGUUCCAAGCUGCAACAAGACGGAUAGGGCUGCCAUGCUUGAUGAGAUUCUGGAUUAUGUGAAGUUCUUAAGGCUCCAAGUCAAGGUUCUAAGCAUGAGUAGGCUGGGCGGAGCUGGUGCAGUGGCACAACUUGUGGCUGAUAUCCCACUGUCAGUCGAGGGAGACAACAGUGGAGGCGAAUCCAAUGACCGGGCCUGGGAUAAGUGGUCAAAUUAUGACAUAGAGCAAGAGGUAGCUAAGCUAAUGGAAGAAGAUGUUGGUGCUGCAAUGCAAUAUCUCCAAUCUAAAGGGCUUUGUAUCAUGCCGAUAUCCCUUGCCGCGCUAAUCUAUCCCAAUUCUCAGCCACUGGAUGCCUCCACCCAUGUCAAGCCUGAGCCAAAUGGCCCGUCAUAGAUGUUGACGCCCAAUUGCACGUGCCUGCAAGAACUCCCGCUACUUUAAGUUACUUUUCUUAUAUCCCUACCUAUCAUCACUUAUUAUCUAUCUUCCUUGGUAUUCCGCGGCAUUGCAGUCGCAGUCAGAUGCCAUAAUUUUGCUUUGCUCACCCUAUUACCUCCUUUAAGCUUUGCCAAACAAGGUGCCAGUGCCAUACGACAUCUUGAAGAAAAUUCAGGAAAAUGAAGGGCUUGGUCAUGGUUGGUGCGAUCAAAGCCAAGGGAGGGAUAUUCAAAGUUAUCUCCAUAAAGCAUCCCACUUUUUGUUGUGGCAUUGUGGGGACCUUGGGGCUUUUCUGGGUGGAUGGUGGGGCAUUGUAAAAGAAUGGAGAAAGGUAAACUCGCUAUAAUGCUCUUUAAGAAAACAGUUGUAAUGGAUUUGGUAAGUAAUUGUCCAGGAAUGACAUCUGUUUUUCUUUUUGUUUUCAUAGCCAGAAGAAACUCUCACAUGUGUGCCAUUACCCAAAUGGUCAAAUUGUUUGAUAUGGAUGCAAUUAAUCAUGAGCCAUGGACUUUAGGAAGACUGAGAA